AUGUCCUCCGCAGACUUCCUUUCAAACACUCACCCCUCCCUCCUCAUCGGUGGUGCAGCCGCAGCCACGAUAACGACGUAUCUCGUUCGCAAAGCGAUUCAAGACUCUCGACGCCUCUCAGCCCUUCCUCCUGGCCCACCGGCCGAGUGGUUCUGGAAGAGCCCAAUCCCGGCUCACAACACUCAUGUGGAACUAACGAAGCUGACUGAGCAAUAUGGCGAUGUCUACUCCCUCCGCAGCGGGAGCAACGUCACUAUCGUGAUCGGUACCGUUCAGGCCGCGCUAGAUAUCCUCGAGCGACAGGGCGGCGUCACGCUCAGUCGGCCGGAGAUUGUCGCGGCGGGGACCAUUGUCUCUGGUGGGCAGCGGAUCUUGCUGCAGCCAGCGGGAGAUCGGUUCAGGCGGAUGCGCAAGGCAGUACACGAACCACUGCAGCCAAAGAUUGCGAAGUCAUACUCCCCCAUUCAGUUCGAGGCUGCGAAGAGAUACGUGCUCAAUGUUUUUGAGCGCCCUGAUCUUGUCCACCAUCAUGCAGAGCUGUACGCGGCGACCGUCACACUCAAGAUCACGUACGGAAAGACCGCUCCAUCCUCAUUCCAAGACCCCGACAUCGUGCGCAUCCACGAGGUUCUCGACCGCUUCACGGGUGUCCUCCGCCCAGGCACUUACCUCGUCGACCGGCUCCCGUGGCUGCAGUACCUCCCCGGAUACGCGCCAGAGCUCAAACAAUAUCACAAGUCCGAGCUCGCGUUGUUCAGCGAGCAAAUCGGGAAGACAAAGAGCGCGAUGGAGGAAGGCGCAGACGGACCCUCGUUCACGCGGUAUCUGCUCGAGAACCCGGAGGCGCAUGGUCUCGACUGGGAUGAGAUGGCGUAUCUCGCGGGUGCGCUCUAUGCCGCUGGCUCGGAUACGACCGCCGUUGGAAUGUCCAACAUCGUUCUGGCAGCUGCAACGCACCCCGAGCUACAGGUCAAGAUCCAUGCGGAAAUAGACUCUGUCAUCGGUGAUCGCGUGCCGACACCCGACGACAUGCACACCCUGCCGUACCUCGAAGCCUUCACUCAGGAGACUUUGCGCUGGCGCCCAAUUGUCCCGCUCGGAUUCAUGCACAAGGCAACCGCCGAUUUUGCGUGGAACGGAUAUCAUAUCCCGGAGGGCGCAUCCAUUCUGGGAAACCAUUGGGCAAUAUCUCGCGACCCACAAGCAUUCCCAGACCCAGAGAAGUUCGACCCGCAGCGCUGGCUGACCGAGGACGGCCAGCUCAAGUCCCAGAAGGAUAUACGGUACUUUACCUUCGGUUUCGGUAGACGUGUCUGCCCCGGACAGUACGUCGCAAACCGAUCGAUGUUCACAACCAUGGCCCUCCUCUUCUGGGCGUUCCGCAUCACGGAGGACCCGAAAGCACCUAUCGACGUGAACGCGUACGACGACGGCGUCAUUGCGCAUCACCGCGGCUUCAAAGUAGUUACUGAGCCGCGGCGGAGUGUUGAUGAGAUCAAGCAACUUCUCCGUGACCGUAGCAUCUAG